GGUCCCGGUUCAAACUAUUUGAACCCCCCACCCCCCUUCUUCCCAUCCUCAUUCAAUUUACCUUCUCAACCCAAUAACAUCUAUCCCAAUGACUUCCCCAAUCCCCGCCCCGUUCGGCACAUGGGAAAGCCCCAUCACGCCCGAAACCGUCACCUCGCAAGGCAUCACCUUUUCCGCCGUUGCUACCACACCUGAUGGCACUAUCUAUGUCGCCGAAGGUCGUCCAGCUGAAGAAGGCCGCUGCUGUAUCGUCGAAUGGCGCAACGGUGAACCCCGCGACGUGCUGCCUAAAGAGUACAGUGCGCGCACCGCAGUCCACGGCUACGGCGGAGGAGCUUUUGCCACCAUCUCGAAUGGAAAUAUCGUCUUCCACGACUGGAAGACCCACGGGGUGUAUGUUCUCGACCCCGCCGCCGGCAGCGUGACAACUGCUGUCGAACCAGACCCCAAGAUCUACUACGCGGAUUUCAAUGCGCACCCGCAGAAGCCCGAAUGCAUCCUGGCCAUCCGGGAGGACCAGCGCUCCGGAGAAGUAAUCAAUGAGCUCGUCCUGAUCAAUAGCGUCGAGAAAACGGUCAAGGUUGUGGUCUCUGGAGCGGACUUUUACUCCCAUGCGAGGUUUAACCCCGCUGGGGAUCGGGUCUCGUGGAUCCAAUGGAACCAUCCCGAUAUGCCAUGGACGGGAACCGAGGUCUUCGUUGCAUCGUGGGUUGAUGGGGCACUGGAGAAGCCUGUUAAGCUUGCUGGUCAGGCUGGCGAGGAGAGUAUUACCCAGCCCCGUUGGGGCCCUGAUGGAACACUGUUUUUCGUGUCGGACCGUAGUGGCUAUUGGCAGUUCUACCAAUGGAGUCCUGACAGUGACAAGCCACGCGCCAUUGUCAUUGAGGGUCUGGAAAAGGGCGAGUUCGGUCAUCCAGAUUGGUUUCUUGCAAGCUGCACCUAUGUCCUCCCCAACCCCGACACCAUCGUCGGCGCCUGGACGCACGAAGCUGCCGAACGCCUCGUCAUCAUCGACCUCAAAACCAACACUUAUACCUUCCCCUCCCACGUUGCCCCUCUCACCGGAAUCCGCGACAGCUCCGUCGCCCUAACCUCCCCCACCAGCAUCGCGGUCAUUGCCAGCACCCCAACCUCCCCCAGCACCGUCUACCACGUCUCCCUAACCACCGACACCACACCCACCAUCCUGCGCUCCUCCACUAAUCUCACCAUUCCUGAAUCCUUCUACUCCCACGCCAAGCACAUCUCCUUCCCCCGCACCACUCCCACCCACCUAGACACUCAGUCCCACGCUUUCUUCCUCCCCCCCACAAACCCCAACUACACCAGCCCCCCAGGCAAGCUACCCCCUCUUAUCAUCUCCAUCCACGGCGGGCCCACCGCACACUCCGACCCGGGCCUCACCAUGAUGUGGCAAUACUACACAACUCGGGGCUACGCCGUAGCCUUUCUCAACUACGCCGGAUCCUCGGGCUACGGGCGCGCCUACCGCACCCUGCUGAACGGAUCCUGGGGUCUCCUUGAUGUUCACGAUGCCGCCGACUGCGCUCGGUACCUCAUCUCCACCGGCCAGGUGCACCCGUCCCAUGUCGGCAUUACUGGAGGCAGUUCAGGCGGAUACGCCGCCCUCCAAGCCAUCUGCGAUUUCCCAUCCCUCUGGGCCGCCGCGAUCAGUAUCUCCGGUAUCAGUGACGUGGAGGCUCUAGUCGCCGACACGCACAAAUUCGAGAGCCACUACGCAUUCCGUCUACUGUUCGAUGACAACGUGCCCCAAACAGAGGAAGAGAAGCGGACAGUAUAUCGGGCCCGGAGCCCGCGGUUCAAGGCCGAGAACAUCAAGGCCAUGACAUUGUUGUUACAGGGAACAGAGGACGAGAUCGUGCCCUUGAAUCAGGCACAGGCAAUGGCAGAUGACGUCCAGCGGAGUGGUGGUGUAGCCAAGCUGGUGAUUUUCGAGGGCGAGGGACACGGGUUCCCGCGCAAAGCGGAGAAUGGGUUACAGGCUAUGAAGGAGGAAGAGGAUUGGUGGAGGGAGAGUUUGGGGGAGAAGCAGUAAAUAUAUCGCCACAUUUUAGUAUAUCAUGGGGCGAGAUAAACUCGUAUAUAAUAAAAUGAAUAGUUGACUUCC